AUGUUCUCUUUUGAUCAUUAUCUAUCUAUCUAUCUAUCUAUCUAUCUAUCUAUCUAUAUUAUCUAUCUAUCCAGUCAAUUUAUGCAUCUAUCUAUCUAUCUAUCUAUCUAUCUAAUCUUUAUCUAUCUAUCUAUCUAUCUAUCUAUCUAUCUAUCUCAUCCUAUUCAUAAUCUUUCACAAUAUAUUUCUAUCUAUCUAUCUAUCUAUCUAUCUAUCUAUCUAUCUAUCUAUCUAUCUAUCUAUCUAUCUCAUCGUAUUCAUGAUCUUUCUUUAUCUAUCUCUUUGAUCAUUUCUAUCUAUCUAUCUAUCUAUCUAUCUAUCUAUCUAUCUAUCUAUCUAUCUAUCUAUCUAUGUCUAUAUCUAAAAUUUAUCACUCAUUCCUUUCAAUUCAAUUCUCAUUCCUUUUCGUAUUUUCUUUCUUUCAUUCUCCUUCUUUUUCCUCCCACAAUUUCAUUCACCAAUAAUUUCUUCUUUCUUCUUUUCUUCGAUUAUAACUUUUAUUCCUCUUCUUUGUCUUUUCUUUUGAUAUAUGUCUUUCUCCCUUUUCCUCAUUUUACGUCUUUCUUUCUUUCUUUCUUUCUUAUUUCUUUCUUUGCAAUUUGCGCCAUUCUUUCUUUGCCAAUUCUGAUAAAAUGUUUCGUCUUUUUCUCCUCCUUCUUCUUUUCUUCUUCCUCCUCUUUCUUUUCAUUCUCCUCCUCCUCCUCCUCCUUCUUCUUCUUCUUCUUCUUCUUCUUCUUCUUCACGUUUUCCUUCUUCUAA